AUGGCGUUGCUUGUUGGCCGUGUUGUAAUUGUAACUUCCACACAACACUUAUUGUUGUUGUCUCUUCUGCUAGAUGUCGCCGAUGCCUUACCAGCUAAAUGUAAUCCUCCAGAAGAAGUUGUAGACAAAUUGGUGUUGAUACAUGUAAGAGGGGAGCACACAGAGCCAGCGUGCUACAGUGGGGCGUUCGUGGACCUCAGCCCGCAACCAACCCGCGGCUCCAUCAGACUACACUGGGCAGAUAGUGGCUCGCAGGUGGUCGACUGUGUCACGUGCCCCUACAGGAACAUGACCAACAUCAACGUCUCAAAUUUGACAGAAUCCAACCUGAGGAUAGAAGUAGAGAAGUCUCAGUGUCUCUGCAACAGUAUCACGACCAACAUCUCCCUCACCUGCUCCAUGUCCAUGUACCCGAACGCCUGGAAACUGCACGAGACAAUCAACAUGGAGAGGGGCUUCGUAGAGCGGAUUACCGUGUAUGCCUACUACAUGAGGUUCGGCAAGGAGGAACUCAAUACUGUCGUCCCCAUUCCACUGACGCUCACCGAUAUGGUCGCUCACGCAUCGUUCAUCGUGCAGACCGCCGAUCUCAACGAUGCCGAAAUUGUGGUCGGCUGCCUCUUCAACUUCAUCAAGAAGAACAAAGCCAUGGACUGCAAGGGCUGUGAUAUUUACACGGAAAUUUUUAAGGACGCAUCAUAUGCUGAAAAACAGGCGACGGAGCCGCUGCAGACGUGGAUCAUACUGACGAUCGUCUUCUCAAUCCUCGGCUUCCUUCUCCUCUCCUUGUUCAUCUGGUGCUGGAUUGGUAGGGAUGAAGUUUGGGGGGAUUAG